CAAAGGCUUUGAACCGCAUCUGAUCUGAUAUUCGCCACGUACCUGAUUCUUUGGGUGGGUAAUGGGUACAUAAGCAAAACUCGACCAAUCUCUCCCUCCAAAACUCUCACUCUUCCCCGAAGACGAUCAAUCGAACCAGACACCAAACUAAACCCUUCAUUCAAAUUCUCCGAUAACCAUCAGUUAUCGUCGAAGAAGAAGAUGACAAUUGAAGUGCCUAAUGGCGCCAACGGCGAUGUCAAGCAUCAAAACCCUAGCAACCCCACCGCCGUCAAGAAGUCGCGCGAGGUUGAGCGCCGCCGUAGGCGGCGGAAGCAGAAGAAGAACAACAAAGCCUCUCAGCAGCCGAACGACACCGACACCGCCGCUGAGGAAGAUGGCGACAACGAUGACAAUGCCGACGACAUCGCCGAUCCUCACAAGGUUAUCGAGCAAGUUGAAGUUGAGUAUGUACCGGAAAAGGCUGAAUUUGAUGGUCAUUUGGAUGAGGAGUUUAGGAAGGUCUUUGAGAAAUUCAAUUUUAAGGAAAUUGUGGGGUCUGAGGAGAACGAUAAAAAGGAUGAGACUGCUGCAGAUUCUGCCUCAAAGAAGGUUGACUCAGAUUCUGAAGAGGAAGAGCAGGAUACCCAUCAAAAAGAGAAAGGUGUCUCUAAUAAAAAGAAAAAGCUUCAACGGCGGAUGAAAAUUGCCGAACUCAAGCAGAUAUGUUCAAGGCCUGAUGUAGUUGAGGUAUGGGAUGCAACUGCCUCUGAUCCGAAGUUAUUGGUAUUUCUGAAAUCAUAUAGAAAUACUGUUCCAGUGCCAAGACAUUGGUCUCAGAAAAGAAAAUUUUUGCAGGGGAAGCGUGGUAUUGAGAAACAGCCUUUUCAACUUCCUGAUUUUAUUGCUGCUACAGGGAUUGAGAAAAUAAGACAGGCUUACAUUGAGAAAGAGGACAGUAAGAAGCUUAAACAGAAGCAACGUGAGAGGAUGCAGCCAAAGAUGGGAAAAAUGGAUAUUGAUUAUCAGGUUCUUCAUGAUGCAUUUUUUAAAUAUCAAACUAAGCCUAAGCUGACUGCACAUGGUGAUCUGUAUCAUGAAGGAAAGGAGUUUGAGGUAAAGCUAAGGGAGAUGAAGCCUGGGAUGUUAUCACAGGAACUAAAAGAAGCUCUUGGUAUGCCAGAAGGAGCUCCUCCCCCGUGGCUCAUAAAUAUGCAGAGAUAUGGCCCACCACCUUCUUAUCCACACUUGAAAAUUCCUGGGCUGAAUGCUUCUCCCAUUCCUCUUGGAGCUAGUUUUGGUUAUCAUCCUGGUGGUUGGGGCAAACCUCCUGUUGAUGAAUAUGGCCGCCCACUGUAUGGUGAUGUCUUCGGAGUCCAGCUGCAAGAACAGCCCAACUAUGAGGAAGAACCAGUUGACAAGACCAAGCAUUGGGGUGAUUUGGAGGAGGAAGAAGAAGAAGACGAAGAGGAAGACGAAGAGGACGUGGAAGAACAAAUUGAGGAAGAGGAAUUGGAGGCUGGCAUUCAAUCUGUUGACAGUCUUUCAAGCACUCCUACUGGUGUUGAGACUCCAGAUGUUAUUGAUCUUCGCAAGCAACAGAGAAAGGAGCCUGAGAAGCCUCUUUACCAAGUACUGGAGGAAAAGGAAGAAAAGAUUGCUCCAGGGACCUUACUUGGAACAUCUCAUACGUAUGUCAUUGGCACUGGCACUCAAGACAAGACAGCAGCCAGAAGGGUUGAUCUGCUUAGAGGUCAAAAAUCAGAUAAAGUUGAUGUCACAUUACAACCAGAAGAGUUGGAAGUAAUGGACAAUGUCUUGCAUGCAAAGUAUGAGGAAGCAAGGGAGGAGGAGAAGCUGCGUAGUCAGCGGGAGGAUUUCAGUGACAUGGUUGCUGAGAAUGAGAAGAAGAGGAAACGGAAAAUGCAGGAAAAGGACGGAAAAUCGAAGAAAAAGGAUUUCAAGUUCUAGGAUGUGCUGCUGGUUUUGUGAUUGGAAUGUUAGAAUGCCAGAUACAUUAUGUUUUUCUUAGGCACCUCUAAAUUUUUAUUGUUCGGAAUCAAAUUGUUGUGUCCAUUGCCAAAAAUGUAGUCCCAUUCCAUGGCACCAAACACAGCCUUGGUGUUAUGGGUUUGGUUAAUGAGAAAUUUGUUGGUGAUUUUAUAUGCUGCUACUCUCUAUUUCCCCAUUGCUUAGGAUCGAAAAUAUGUUAUAUAUCAAAGUUACUUGAUGGAUUUCA